UCUGCCGCAGCGAGUCGGCACCAAGAUCAAUUACUUUUGUUCCGCGUUAUUUCCUUUUAUUUUUAUUUUUAUUUUAAAAGUAGUGUAUGUAACAAUAAUAUUUCCAGUGUUUUAGUAAUGGCAGGUUUAGGGAUUAGUGGUUUCCUUUGAUGUCAUCGGUUCUCUUCCUGAUGAUUUUUCAACAUUUCUCGGGUUCUCAAGUCGUCUGAUCGGUGUCCCAUGUCGGCGUACACAACAACGAAAAUGGCGUUGGAAGAGGAGGCGCAGAUCUGCAGGCUUUGCGGGCAGUGCGAGAGCAUCUACAUUGACGUAUUUGGAGAGGAAGGGACCAAGAGAUACCUGGGCUUGAAGAUUCACACGAAAAUCAACAUUUUGAUCAAGAAGGAUGAUGGAUUGUCAAAGAAAGUUUGCAUGCGAUGUAUAGGCACCCUGGAAUUUGUUAGCGAUUUUCACACCAAAUGUCAUCAAACACAACAACAACUUUUACAAGCUAAAAAACGAACAAAAAAAUUGACCGAACGUGAUGUUAGAGUAUAUUCAGAAGUUGAUAAAGAAAAUAUUUCGCCUAACAACAGCUUGAUUAGACCUGAUGGAACUAAAUCAAAAGUCUUGCCCACCACAGAAGACGUAAAGUUCGAAGAAGACAGGCCCCUAGAACAAAUUUUUGAAUAUCACAACAAACAGUCUGUGAAAAGAAAGAGCAGUCGCAUUCAGAAGAAACAAUUAGAUAAAGUCAAGAUACUUAAAGACGAGAACAAGGUUUUUGAACAUGCAACCGUCUCUUUAGAAAAUAUUGGCGAUUUAAGGAAGAACAGAGUAACGGCAUGUUCAUUGGAAAUUUCAGAGUGUCAGAAUCAGAGGACUUUGCCUAAUGAAAAACAUACAGCGGCAUUGCCAUGGAAGCGUAAUUCUCCGACAAUAAAAACCCGUAGAAAAAGUUACAAUGGUCUUGGCCAAGGAGACGCUACAGUCACAAAAAUCGGGCGGAAAAACUGUGGUAAUAGAAAAACGCAAAAAAAUAAAAGCAAAGAUCUAGCAUGUUCAACUUCGAGGAAGAAGAGUUUGAUGGAAAGUGAUAUCAGAACUACAGAUAGAGCUGGAAAGGGGAUUAUUAAAUUUGGUGGUAAACGUUCCCCGGACAAUUCUCAGAAUGAGAGUGAUUUCGAGAAACUCGAUGAGCAACUUACUACAUUGACUGGGGAUAAAAUUAACGAAUCUAACAAUGUACCGAAUGUGCUAAAAAAUGAGACCUCGAAUUUGUCCGCGAAUCGAGGUGAGGAAUUUGUUAGAUUACAAACUUGUGUGGCAAUGUCAAUCACACAAUGUUCUUCAAGAGAAGUAGGCGCGGAAUCAGUUGAGAAAAGUCCCCAACCUGGCGACGAGGCUGAAGAAACACAAUCCUGGAAGUAUGAUACAAUGAAAGGACUGGGUGAGAAUAUUUCAAAAAUUAAUUCUGUACAAGAUGUUGGGCAUGAAAAGAAUUCCACAACAGCUUUGCUGGUGAGAAACUCAGUGAUCAAAUUGGUAAAGGAUAUUCAAACGAAAAGCGAUGACGAUCUUACAACGACAACACAAAUAGUGGUAGGUUCGUCAAACGAUGAAGUAAAUUGUAAAACUAAUGAGUCGAAGAUCAUUGAAGCGCCGUUGUCUUUAAUAGAUUCGUCGAAGGACGAUAAUUCGCAAGAAUCAAAUAAGCAUAGUAAACGAAAUGUUGCUGGUUAUCAGGAUAGACGAAAAAAGUCUGAGGGUCGGUUCGGUAAACUUACCGAACUGAUAACAAACGAGCAGAAGGAGAUCAUAGAAACUCUGUAUACUGUAAACAUGGGUGUAGUCAACGACGAGGAAGUUCAUAGAAACAUAAAGAUAUUAGACAAAGUGAGAGCAAAGUGCGAAAUAUGUGAAAAGAUAUACCCGAGAAUGGACAAAUGCCAGGUGCAUGUUUGGGGUCACCUAAACAUGAAGCCGUAUUGUUGCAAAUCGUGCGACUUUGUCACACUUACAGUGAGCAACAUUCGCUGUCACAUAAGAAAACGUCAUUUAAAGAUUAAACCAUUCCACUGCAAUCUAUGUGAGAAACGUUACGGCACUGCAGUCUUGCUGGAGGAACACAUUAAUUCUCAUACGGGUGCAAAACCUUACAAAUGCAAAGUUUGUGACUUCGCCACUUCCAACAGGCAGGUGCUGAGUUAUCACAAAACUACCCACAAACCCGCGAAAGAUAUAUCCUGCGAGGUUUGCGGCAAGAAAUUUUUCUCAAAUUGCAGAAUGCGAGCGCACAUGAUUGUGCACAACAAAGAUAGAAGUUUGAUGUGCAGGCUUUGCUCCACAUAUCUUUGCAAUGCAGAGGCCCUUAAAAAGCAUUACGACAAGGUUCACACGCGGGAUUACGUUUGCAGUGUUUGCGGUGUACGAACCCGGUCGAAAAAAGCUUUAACCAACCACGAAAAUGUACAUUCUGCAGCUAAAUAUAGUUGUCCACUUUGUUCAAACGUCUACAAAAGUAAACACAUGCUCAAGGAGCAUAUCCUCAAGCAUCAAGGAAUUCGAAAGUACAAGUGCGAAUUGUGCCAAAAGUCUUUUGCCCAACAAUCCCACAUCUCGGCCCAUAUGAGCGUGCAUAUGGGCAAAAGAUAUCCAUGUCCUGGCUGCAAUAAACUCUUCAACCGUAAGGACAAUAUGCGAAUCCAUACACGACGUUGCGAGGUAUUCAAUUCUAAUCCGGAAAUGAAGAAUUCGUGGAUGGACCAAAUGGGUGCUACCAGUUCAUUUGUAACGAAUACCAAAUCCAUCUCGGUACCAGAAGCGCCCGCUAUACAAACUGCUACAACGCAAUCGGAUACUUAUUCGAAGACUGAUGAAAAAAUGAAGACUGAUGAAAAAACAGAGACUGACCUAGGAGUGAUGAAGAUAAACUUAUUAUCGGAUAGGACUGAUGAUUCUACAUCGUUUAAAUCGAUCUCGAACCUACGAGCUUCACACGAUUUCAUACGUGAUCAAGACAAAGAGGAAUUCAAAUCCGACAAGAAUGGCAAAGUUCUACAACUCGGUGAAGUAGAAGUAUUCCCAAUCCCAAAUACCAAUGUAAUCGCUUUUCAAAACGAGGGUAAUACGGUUAUUACCGAGAAUGUACUGAGACCCGAAUGUUUUUAGUUCCUAUCACGUUCAAUUUGAGAACUAUUUGUUUGGUUCCUCUUUUUAAUUGAUAAUUUAACUCGCAGUUUAAAUACAAUUUUGCCGGCGUUCUAUAUUUUCGAAUGGCGAAACAAUCACGUCAAUUCUUAGCACGAUGAUGUCGAAAUCUCCGGCGUGUGAAUUGUCAAUAUAUUGUAACUAAAAGACUGAUUUACCCUGAGACUGUAACUGAAAGUUCCUAAAUAAAGUUAGUUUGUUUACA